CCUCCUGGAUACAACGAUGCCAUGUUUCCCGUGUUUGCUGUGGAAUUCGGCGUGAAUUAACGCGCGCGCGCAGCUCUGGAUGUUUCUCGUUGUGGAGUUAUGAACUUAUGAAGACGAUGCGAGUUUAAAGCGCGGUCUGAUUUGAGGAAUGUUACGCGCAUCUGAUGGAUGCAUGGAUGGAUGGAACUUCCCUCACGAAGAGAUUCUGGGCCUGAGUGGAUUUCAUGAGUGUGUGAAAUAAACUAAUCAUAAUGACGAAGCUCUGUUCGUCUCGCAUCUGCGUGUAAGACAUCUCAGGAAGCUCCGUGAACUGCUGGGUUCUGGCGAUGGCAGGAACCCGUCCCGGUCUCUGAAAGCUCCCCGUGCUGCUGAAACUGCUGGAGACCUCACGCAUGCGGUUGAGUUUGUGUCGUGGAGAGAUCGAAGCGAACAGCAGCGGAAGGGUCUGAGACACCUGUGAGUGAGCGCGAGCAUGAAGGAGAAGUCGAAGAACGCGGCGCGCACGCGGAGGGAGAAGGAGAACAGCGAGUUCUAUGAGCUGGCCAAACUGCUGCCCCUGCCCUCGGCCAUCACCUCACAGCUGGACAAAGCCUCCAUCAUCAGACUCACCACCAGCUACCUGAAGAUGAGGAUCGUCUUCCCGGAAGGUCUCGGGGAAUCUUGGGGUCAUGUGAGUCGAGCGAGUUCUCUGGACAAUGUGGGCCGAGAGAUAGGAUCACAUCUGCUUCAGACUUUGGAUGGCUUCAUUUUUGUGGUAGCUCCUGAUGGAAAAAUCAUGUACAUUUCUGAAACUGCAUCAGUGCAUUUAGGGUUGUCACAGGUAGAGCUGACGGGGAACAGCAUUUAUGAAUACAUCCACCCGGCUGACCACGACGAGAUGACCGCAGUCCUGACGCCUCACCAGCCGUAUCACUCACAUUUCGUCCACGAAUAUGAAAUGGAAAGGUCUUUUUUCCUGAGAAUGAAAUGCGUCCUUGCUAAGAGAAACGCUGGCUUGACGUGUGGUGGUUACAAGGUCAUUCACUGCAGCGGCUAUCUGAAGGUCCGUCAGUACAGCUUAGACAUGUCUCCGUUCGACGGCUGUUAUCAGAACGUGGGUCUGGUGGCUGUGGGUCACUCUCUCCCCCCCAGCGCAGUCACCGAGAUCAAGCUCCACAGCAAUAUGUUCAUGUUCAGAGCCAGCCUGGACAUGAAACUCAUUUUCCUGGACUCCAGGGUUGCGGAGCUCACUGGCUACGAGCCGCAAGACUUAAUAGAGAAGACACUUUAUCAUCACGUCCACAGCUGUGACACUUUCCAUCUCCGCUGCGCGCACCACUUGUUGCUGGUAAAAGGACAAGUCACUACCAAAUACUACCGAUUCCUGGCUAAGCAGGGUGGGUGGGUGUGGGUACAGAGUUACGCUACUAUCGUACACAACAGCAGAUCGUCCAGACCGCACUGCAUCGUCAGCGUCAACUACGUCCUCACGGAUACGGAGUACAAAGGACUACAGUUGUCCUUAGAUCAGGUGACGUCCACUAAACCCUCGUUCACCUACAACAGCCCGUCCAACCCCAUCAGCGAGAACAGAAGAGUUGGCAAAAGCAGAGUCUCCCGUACCAAGACCAAAACAAGACUCUCUCCCUAUCCACAGUAUCCGGGUUUCCCCACGGAUCGCUCAGAGUCGGAUCAGGAUAGCCCGUGGGGAGGGAGCCCCCUCACAGACUCUGCAUCUCCUCAGCUUCUGGAGCAGUGUGAAGGCAUAGACUCCUCAUGCGUGUACCGGCAGUUCUCAGAACCACGGCCGCUCUGCUAUGGCCUACCCCUGACAGACGACCACCAUACCUCCAGUGACAUCUACAGCCACACUCACUCCGAGUCUUGCGAGAGGGGUCGCUGUAAGGCUGGCCGAUACUUCCUGGGCACACCUCAGCCCGGGCGAGAGGCGUGGUGGGGCGCAGCCCGCUCUGUCCUCCCGUUACCCAAGUCUUCGUCAGAGAACGGGGACAGUUUUGAGGGUGUGAUGCCCCACAUCACCUCCAUCCAUAGCCUGCAGGUGAGGGGUCACUGGGAUGAGGACAGCGUGGUCAGCUCACCUGACACGAGCGAUUCAGGUGACCGAUACCGUGGUGACCAAUGCCGCGCAAGUCCCCAAGAGCCCAGCAAGAUUGAAACGUUGAUUCGAGCCACGCAACAGAUGAUCAAAGAGGAGGAAAGUCGCCUGCAGUUGAGAAAGGCUCCUACAGAAAUACCGUUGGAGUCUACAAAUGGUCUGGCCAAGAGCCACGGCUCAUCGUUUCACAGUAACGACUUUCCCCAGUCAGCGUUGCAGAGCGUGGUGUGUCGGGGGCCGGCUCAGGUUAUAAGCCCCGCCCCUAGCCCUGUUCCUCUGUCCCGUCUCAGCAGCCCCAUCCCUGACAGACUGGGUAAAAGUAAAGACUUCCUGCAAAGCGAGCUGUCCUCUUCUCAGCAACACCAGCAGCCAUUGCCCCUGACGGGCACGUGUGCUGUCUCUCCUACUCCAGCGCUAUACCCCUCACACCCCCGCCAGUACCUGGAAAAACACACAGCCUACUCGCUCACCAGCUACGCACUCGAACAUCUGUACGAGGCAGAGAGCUUUAGAGGAUACUCCCUGGGUUGCUCAGGUUCCUCCCAUUAUGACAUGGCCACUCAUCUACGCAUGCAGGCUGAACAAACACCGGGCCAUAAAGGCACCUCCGUCAUUAUCACCAACGGCAGCUGAUGCUUAUCAAAUCACGAACCGCCUCUCAGCGAUUCACCCUCUCACUCGAGCUAGCCUAGAAAUUCUGAUUAGAUUUUUUUUUUCAUUCCUACAAAUUCUACAAAUACUUUUUUCUCAAUUGUUCAUUGUUUUCUAGUAAAUAAACUGAACAUCCUUAAAGCAUAUAUUUACUGAAGGAUAUUUUUUUUAUUUUAUUCUUUUUUUUAUAAUGAGGUUCAUCCUUAAG